AUGUGCUCACGUUUUUCAUCAGUAUCAUCAUUAACACAUUAUCAAUCAAAUUCACCUUCACCAUCGUAUAUCACAUGUAUAACAUGUUCUAAGUCACAUAAAAUUCAAUCUGUCGAAAAUUUAGAAAGAAACUCAUCUUUAACGUUACUGUUAAAUACUCUAUGUUGUGAUGUAUGUCAUCAAAUUAAUGAAUUUCAAAAAUUGGACACAUGUUUACAUUGUUACGGAGUAUUAUGUCCCCAAUGUUAUGAAAAACAUCAAAUAUCCGAUUUUCAUGCUCUCACACCAAAAAGAAAAGUGACAUUGGAAAUAACCGCCAGCGAAAAACCUCCAAUCGUUUAUCAGCUAACAUCAUCGGAUAACGUUCGACAACUCAAACAACUACGAAAAAGGUCCAGCGAAUCAGUAGAAGAAAACGAUGAUAUUAACCAGAAAAUUUUAACAGAAAAAAUAAUAAACAUUCAACAAAUUAUAUCUAAAAAGACUUUACUACUCUCAACUACUACUAGUCCAAAAGAUAAUCAAUCUUCUGGUGUUUCAAAUGAUGAAAAUGAUAAUCAAUCUACUGCUAAGAUUCGGUUGAAAAAGCCUUUAUUAAAAUUUAUUCAACGUGUACGCCAUAGCUCAUCAUCGUCAUUAACUAAUUUAAACAUUAGUCCUCUAUUGUCACGAAAAUCGAAUAGAGUAUCGUCAAUUAAAAAUGAUUGUAACAAUGCAGAACUAUCAAAAAUAACUGUUCAAGAUUCUUUUAUCGAGUCACAGGAAAAUGUAACAUUAAAAAUUUCUCCUACUAAUUCAGUUAGAAAAUUUUUAGAUUUGAAUGAUCAUUAUAAAUUAACAUGCGAACAUGUUGAAAGAUGUAAACAACGAGUACAAGAAUUAAAUUUAUGUACACAAAAACUUAUCCAAAUUUAUAAACAGAAAAUUGAUGAAAAUCAAGCAAACAUUGAUUUUUAUUGGAAUUUAUUGAAACAAACGAUUUUAGCUCAAAUAAAGCAUCAGUCAUAUACAACAUCAACUAAAGAAUUACUAAAAUAUUUAAUAUGUUGUUACUAUUAUGAACCAAACGUUACUAAUCUCCCAUCAUCUCAUGAAAUUACUCAUAAACAACAGUUAUUAGAAAUCUACUUGGAGAAUAACGAUGAGAUAAAUGCUGCAUUACAAGUAUUUUACAGUAAUUUAAUUAUUCUUAUAAAUCAAACUUUAUCUGAAACGUCUGUUGAUUUAAUGGAUACAUAUUAUUUAACUAGUCAACUAUUUGAACGAGAAGAAAAAACCGCAUUAAAAUCCAUAAGAAAAGAAUUAGAACAAGGUUUAGAAUUAUAUAUUGAAGAAUUAUCAAGAAUUGAAACACAAGUAAAAACAGAACGUGAAUAUUUUUUAAAAUGGAAAAAUUCAAAUAUUAUAGAAUUAGAACAGAUAAAAGAGCAAUGGUCAACUCUCGUUGAUGUAACUUAUCCAAAGUUAAUAGAAAAAAUUUCAACUGAUUUUAUUCAGAUAAAACCGGCAAAUAAAAUUAUUGCAACAAUGUUAAAACAUAUAAAACAAAGAAUACAACAAAAAAUACAACAACUACAAGAAGAAACAUUUUCAAGUAAUCUCGAGUGUUAA